AACACAUGGAUCCUUCCAUCCGCUCCUCCUCCAACUCUGCUGUUGCUUCCAGGCUUCGGCUUCUUCAUCCUGCUCAACGAGAUCGGCUUCGUGCUCGCCACAGUCUUCUUCACCUUCCGCGAGAUAUGGAAAUGCUACAAGUCCGGCUUAUUUACGUAUCUGAAAGGCUACUGGAACCUAGCGGAGAUCGCCAUCAUCUUUACGUCCUACUUGGCGAUUGGUCUCUACGUCUAUAGGCAUAUGGAGGUUUCCCGCGUCCUCAAGAUCUUCGACGAGACCUACGGCAACGGCUACGUGAGAAUGGAGUACGCAGCGCUGUUGGAUCUGUUCUACCUGUAUGCCGUGGCUGGCAUCAUUUUCUUCUCCACGCUCAAGUUCAUCAAGCUCCUCCAGUUUAACAAGCGGAUGAACCUGCUUGGUUUCACGUUCGGCCGCUGCUGGGACGAUCUCCAAGUCUUCUUCCUCACCUUCGGCAUUCUGUUCUUCGGUUUCACAACCUUGUUCUUCACCAUCUUCAACCUGCAGCUGGAGGAGUUCGCGAACUUCUUGGCCUCCGUCCAGAUGUGCUUCUCGAUGAUGCUCGGCAAAUUCAACUUUGAGGCGAUGGCUCAGGCGAACCAGGCGUCCCCUGUCAUGUUCUUCGUGUUUUCUCUGAGCACGAGCAUGAUUCUCAUCAACCUCAUGCUCACCAUCAUCAUCAAGUCUUUCACUGAGGUCAAGAACGAGCUCAAGAACAUGAAAAACAAGUACGACAUCCUGGACUUCAUUUCCUACAAGGUCAUGACGACGCUCGGGCUUCAGGAGAGGGAGAUCCUUCUUCACACAGCCGAGCCUGACAUCACAGAAACGUCACAGCAGUCAGAGACGACGAUUUCAGCCAGCGAUGAGUUCCCAAGUAAAGUCGAUUCUCUUCUGUGUUACAUCAAUGAUCUCUAUUUCAACGGGCAGCUCGACCUGAAAAACCCGGAUGGACUGAAGGCCGCAGUGGGACGAGAUUUCGCCCAUGAGCAAGACCUAACAAUCCGCAUGUCAGCAGGCUUUGACAGAUACUUUGGUAAGCUUGAAGGAGAACAAAAGGUCACCACGAAUGAAUGAAUAAAAAUAUACAUAUACAUUUGACGCAUAAAGUUUGAUUGUUUUUCUCUCUCAAUGUAUAAUAAUUAGUAAUCAAUUGCAUAAAGAUAGCAUGUGGCUGUAGUCCAUAUAUUACUCCGUCCUUCUGUACCCAAGGUUUUUCUAGGACUGCCCUUAAGAGUAAGAGAAAGUACAGGUUUUUAUAAUCACAUUUCGAGCUUUUACUCUUGUUUGGAAAGAGAGAGAACGUGG